AUGCUCAGGGGGACAGGUGAUGUGGAUGAGUGCUCGGAGGGCACAGAUGACUGCCACAUUGACGCCAUCUGCCAGAACACACCCAAGUCCUACAAGUGCCUCUGCAAGCCAGGCUAUAAGGGGGAAGGGAGGCAGUGUGAAGACAUUGAUGAGUGUGAGAAUGACUACUACAACGGGGGCUGUGUCCACGAGUGCAUCAACAUCCCAGGGAACUACAGGUGCACCUGCUUUGAUGGCUUCAUGCUGGCACACGAUGGCCACAACUGCCUGGAUGUGGACGAGUGUCAGGACAACAAUGGUGGCUGCCAGCAGAUCUGUGUCAAUGCCAUGGGCAGCUACGAGUGUCAGUGCCAUAGUGGCUUUUUCCUCAGUGACAACCAGCAUACCUGCAUCCACCGCUCCAAUGAGGGUAUGAACUGCAUGAACAAAGACCAUGGCUGUGCCCACAUCUGCCGGGAGACGCCCAAAGGUGGGGUAGCCUGUGACUGCAGGCCCGGCUUUGACCUUGCCCAAAACCAGAAGGACUGCACACUAACCUGUAACUAUGGAAACGGAGGCUGCCAGCACAGCUGCGAGGACACAGACACGGGCCCCAUGUGCGGCUGCCACCAGAAGUACGCCCUCCAUUCAGACGGUCGGACGUGCAUUGAGAAGGAUGAGGCUGCAAUUGAGCGCUCUCAGUUCAAUGCCACGUCAGUAGCUGAUGUGGACAAGCGGGUGAAACGGCGGCUACUCAUGGAGACAUGUGCAGUAAAUAACGGAGGAUGCGACCGGACAUGCAAGGACACAGCCACUGGCGUGCGGUGCAGCUGCCCGGUUGGAUUCACACUGCAGCCGGAUGGGAAGACAUGCAAAGACAUCAACGAGUGCCUGGUCAACAAUGGAGGCUGCGACCACUUCUGCCGCAACACCGUGGGCAGCUUCGAGUGUGGCUGCCGGAAGGGCUACAAGCUGCUGACUGACGAGCGGACGUGUCAGGACAUUGAUGAGUGCUCCUUCGAGCGGACCUGUGACCACAUCUGCAUCAAUUCCCUGGGCAGCUUCCAGUGCCUGUGUCACCAUGGCUACACACUCUACGGGACAACCCACUGCGGAGAUGUGGAUGAGUGCAGCAUGAACAACGCGAGCUGUGACCAGGGCUGCGUCAACACCAGAGGCAGCUAUGAGUGUGUCUGCCCACCAGGGAGGCGGCUCCACUGGAACAGGAAGGACUGUGUGGAAACAGGCAAGUGCCUUUCUCGGUCCAAGGCCUCACCCCAGGCCCAUCUGUCCUGCAGCAAGGGGAGCGGCGUGGAAAGCUGCUUCCUUUCCUGCCCAGCCUACACACUCUUCGUGCCAGACUCGGAAAACAGCUACAUCCUGAGCUGCGGUGUUCCAGGUCUCCAAGGCAAGAUGCUACAGAAACGCAACAGCACCAGCUCUGGCACUGGGCCCAGCUGCUCAGAUGCCCCCACACCCCCCAUCAAGCAGAAGGCUCGCUUCAAGAUCAGAGAUGCCAAGUGCCACCUCCGGCCCCACAGCCGGGAACGAGCAAAGGAGACCCUGAGGCAGCCACUGCUGGACAACUCCCACCUGACUUUCGUGACCCUCAAGUGCGACUCCUCCAAGAAGAGGCGCCGUGGCCGCAAGUCCCCAUCCAAGGAGGUAUCCCACAUCACAGCAGAGUUUGAGGUUGAGAUGAAGAUGGAAGAGGCCUCAGACGCCUGCGAAGUGGACUGCGUACAGAAGCGAGCAGAGCAGAGCUUGCAGGCCGCCAUCAAGACCCUACGAAAGGCCAUCAAUCGACAGCAGUUCUAUGUCCAGGUCUUGGGCACUGAGUAUGAGGUGGCCCAGCGGCCUGCCAAGGCCCUGGAGGGGCAGGGGGCGUGUGGCACAGGCCAGGUGCUACAGGAUGGCAAAUGUGUGGCCUGUGAGCCUGGCACCUACUUCAGCGGCGAGCUUGGCCAGUGUGUGCCAUGCAUGCCAGGGACCUACCAGGACAUGGAAGGCCAGCUCAGUUGCACACCAUGCCCCAGCAGCGACGGGCUUGGUCUGGCUGGUGCCCGCAACGUAUCCGAAUGUGGAGGCCAGUGCUCUCCAGGAUUCUUCUCAGCUGAUGGCUUCAAGCCCUGCCAGGCCUGCCCCAUGGGCACGUACCAACCCGAGCCCGGGCGCACCGGCUGCUUCCCCUGCGGAGGGGGGCUGCUCACCAAGCACGAGGGCACUGUGUCCUUCCAGGACUGUGAGGCCAAAGUGCACUGCUCCCCUGGACACCACUACAACACCACCACCCACCGGUGCAUCCGCUGCCCUGUUGGCACCUACCAGCCCGAGUUUGGCCAGAACCAUUGCAUCACCUGUCCGGGCAACACCAGCACUGACUUUGAUGGUUCCACCAAUGUCACACACUGCAAAAACCAGCACUGUGGUGGAGAGCUUGGCGACUACACAGGCUACAUCGAGUCCCCCAACUACCCCGGCGACUACCCAGCCAAUGCUGAGUGCGUGUGGCACAUUGCACCACCCCCCAAGCGCAGGAUCCUCAUCGUGGUCCCUGAGAUCUUCCUGCCUAUCGAGGAUGAGUGCGGCGAUGUCCUGGUCAUGAGGAAGAGCGCCUCACCCACAUCUAUCACCACCUACGAGACCUGUCAGACCUACGAGCGGCCCAUCGCCUUCACCUCCCGCUCCCGGAAGCUCUGGAUCCAGUUCAAGUCCAAUGAAGGCAACAGCGGCAAAGGGUUCCAAGUGCCCUAUGUCACCUACGAUGAGGACUACCAGCAGCUGAUAGAAGACAUCGUGCGCGAUGGGCGGCUGUAUGCCUCGGAGAAUCACCAGGAAAUUUUGAAAGACAAGAAGCUGAUCAAGGCCCUCUUCGAUGUGUUGGCACAUCCCCAGAACUACUUCAAGUACACAGCCCAGGAGUCCAAGGAGAUGUUCCCACGGUCCUUCAUCAAACUGCUGCGCUCCAAAGUGUCCCGAUUCCUGCGGCCCUACAAAUAAUGCUGCGGUGCUGCCCUCCUCGGGGAUGUCCGGGUAUACCAAGGGGGAGGGAGAGUUCUUUCCCUCCGUGGUAGAAGCUGAAAGGCGGCUCCACGUUGUACUGGGGAAUCCAUAAUGUGUGCCCUUCCAGAAAGCCCACCAGCCCGUGGAAAGCUGACACCGAGCCCAGGCACCCCUCAGAUCCGCCGCCCCAGAGCGAAAACAUUGCUUCAGCAAGCCUUUCUCCCUCCCUCUGCCUCUUUAUUUCCCACGACACCAAGAGUGCUCUCUCCUGGGCCAGCUCUAGCAGGAUGCGGCCUGAGCCAGAUUGUCCCAUGCCCAGCAUUUGGGCAGCAGGGUUGCAGGUGCCCUCUGCCUGAUGUUUUAGAAGAGGAGUGUGGCCGAUGCUCUCCCCUUGGAGGUGCUGGGAAGCUUGGACCUUUGUAAUCCAAGACAGGAAGCCAGGUCACGGAAGGAAGGGUGUGCAACCGCGCCAUCUGUGGGGGUUGAUACUCCUGUGUCGAUGUCCGCAGGGCCACCACAGUCUGCCAACUCCUCCGGCCAUGGGCACAGGACAUGGGUGCUUUGUUGUCGGGCUCUAAAGAUUCUGUGAUGGGAUGGAACAGAACUGCUAGGGGAGGAAACUGUAGGUUUGUGCUUUCCCUUGAUAGAACAUCUAAUUAAGUACUAUAUAUAUAUAAAUAUAAAUAUAAAAUAUAUAUACUUCUA